AUGGCGAGCCGUACACUCGCCACCGCGGCUCUGGUUGCCGUCGGUGUCUUCGGCUACUUCUCGAUCUUGGGCCUCGCGGCACAAAACGGCUUCUUCGCGACGCUCGACGCGCUCGCCGCAGCCGACGCCGAAGCUGGCGUUGCGCCGGCGCGCCUGACUGGCCUGGCGCCAUGCGACGCCUUCUUGCAGACGCUGCUUCGCUUCUUCACGCCCUGUGUGACCGGCGAGCUGCCGGCCCUGAGCCUCUUCAGCGCCUUCGCCGCUGUGCAGGUGCUGCCGCUGCACUCUGUCGUCGUGCUCGAGGGGCUCCGCGCCGCCAAUGCGGGCACCGUGUUUGCCUUCUCCGCCGUCUGGGGAACCAUCUACCAGACCAUUCCAUUUGGGGUGGUAUUGCCCCUGUACUUCGCGCUCUAUCUCUGGCGGUCGCCGCUGGCGUUUUUGUCGGCCUCAACCACAGUGGCAAGCCAAGCCGAGAAGCUCUCGAUGGACCCGGUGAAGGUCCGCGCCGUUACGGGCGCCCUGACACUAGGGUACGUAUUCUUCCCCGCGCAGGUGGCAGCGUGGCAGUUGGUUCUCGGGGCCGUUGUGAGCCGGCUGGCGCUUGUGAACGACUCGGCGGGCGCUACCCCAGUGGCGCGACUGCGGUACUCGCGGCGCGUGUUUCCUUAUAUCCUCGGCAUCGCGGCUGCCCUGCAUCUUGCCAUCGUUAGUGCCGUUGCUGUCCCGUGGCUACGGUCCGGCGUUAUCCCCGUCGACCUCCAGGCCGCCUUUGUUCCGAUGCCAGUGUCGGCGCCGCGGCCCAUUGCGGCGCUGGCCGAGGGCUCUCUGAACUUGCUGCAGUACGAUUUAUACUGUGCUUCUGGUGCAGCUUUACUUUUGGUGUCGUACUUGACUCUAGUGGUUGGACCCGGGGGCGCGGUGCUGUGGGCUUUAUGGGAUAGGGAUGAAGUUGCCUAUGCCGCAGCGGCCGACAUCAAGAAGAAGGCAUAG